AUGGACGGAGUGUGUUUAUGCUGGACUUGCAGACCAGUGUGGCCACUUUUUCUGAUUCUGGCGUCGUUACCUCGCAUGUUGCAGUGCUCAGAGAGUCCUGCAGCAAUUGUUGGCAAAAUGUAUCCACGCGGAAAUCAUUGGGCAGUAGGUCAUUUGAUGGGAAAGAAGAGCAUCGAGGACCCACCUGAGCUGCAGGACUCAAACCAGGACAGUGACUACCUCACACCCUCAGAAACAGUGGGGGUCACACAGUUGGACCGAUACGAGCGUCUGAUGGAGGCUUUGCUGCAGCUGAAGAACCAAAAACAGAUGAUGCCACAAACUGCAGACAGGCUGCUUUGGCUGCACAGUGGCUGGAGAGAAGAAGACAAAGACAAAUAUCUUAGAGAGAUGUCAGACCUCCUUCUUCUGGCCUUGAAACUGCAAUACAAUGACUCCACCUGA